AUGGAUGGCAUCAUGGAGUUCGCCAAGACGACGCCAAUAUCAACAUCAUCAACCCGGUGCCACAAGGAUCGUGAGGGGGAGCUCGCAAGGAGAACGCCCCACAUCUACUUCGUCAUGCUGGAGCUAGAGGACGGAGGCGUGGCGCCCGUUGGAGAUGUCGCCGAUGUCUACUUCGUCAAGCUGGAUCCCGGAGGCGUGGAGCUCGCAGGGAUGCCGCCGCGUGCCACAGAGGAUGGCGAGACGGAGCUCGCUAGGACGACGCCCGUGGUCUUCUUCACCAAGCUGGCGCCAUGGAGGACGGAUGCGCGGAGCUCAUGA